AUGGCAGGCAGUUCAAGCAUGAGGAGUUCCCACGCUCAAGUUUACACAAAUCGAGAUGACAUCCCAUUGAAAGAGCUUGGAACUGAAGAGAGUGACGAUGAUGAAGAAAAGCAAGUCUAUCCACCAAGCUCAAAGCUUGCUCCGAUUUUGAUAGGACUUUGCUUUCAAUCCUUUUGUAUUGCUUUGGACAACACAAUCUUGUCAACUGCUAUUCCCAAGAUCACUGAACAAUUUAACUCACUAGGCGAUAUAUCUUGGUAUGCCAGUGCUUAUCUUUUGACCACAUGUGCCGUCACCCUACCAUUUGGCAAGAUAUACACAUAUUAUUCGACAAAGUGGACAUAUAUGAUUGCUCUCGGCGUGUUUGAGGUUGGGUCUCUGAUAUGUGCACUUACACCUACAUCGAAGGGAUUAAUUUUUGGGCGAGCAAUUGCCGGCAUCGGAUCUGGGGGAUUGUCGCCGGGUGCUCUACUCGUGCUCGCGAAUAGUGUGCCCCUGCACCGGCGUGCCCUCUAUUUCGGAAUUGUCGGUAGCACUAGUGGGAUUGCGACAAUCACAGGACCGCUGCUCGGGGGUAUCUUAACGGAUCAUGUUAGUUGGAGAUGGUGCUUUUGGAUAAAUCUACCUUUUGGUGUCCUCACUGGCCUUGUGAUUUUACUUUUCUUCAAGGAUUCCACAUCGCCGAAACCAAAAAUAAGUCGCCUUGGGCAGUUAAAACGAAUGGACCCUCUCGGUGUGCUUGCAUUUAUCCCCGCAGUCGUCUCCCUUCUAUUGUGCUUGCAAUGGGGCGGUACGAGAUACAGCUGGAACAAUUCUCGAAUAAUUGCUCUAUUUGUUCUGUUCGGCGUAUUCGGCUUUGUAUGGUGCAUUAUCCAGGUCUGGAAGCAGGAUGAUGCUACAGUACCGCCUCGUUUACUCAAGAAUCGAAAUGUGCUUGGGGCAGUGAUUCACGCUACUUUCCUAGGCGGUUCAUUUUUUGUCUUUGGGUACUAUCUCCCUAUCUGGUUUCAAGCUGCCAAGGAAGAUUCUGCAUCAGAAUCUGGAAUCAACAAUCUUCCGAUGGUGGUGGCUAUGAUUGUAUUCUCUGCUCUAGGAGGACUACUUGUGAAUAUCAUUGGAUAUUAUACGCCGCUCAUGUUCGCUGGAAGUGCAUUUCUCACGAUUGGCUCUGGGCUGUGUACAACCUUCAAGGUGGACAGCGGACAUCCACAGUGGAUUGGAUACCAAGUCGUUCUUGGAAUUGGAGCAGGGCUUGGCUUUCAGCAAUGUAUCAACGCACUUCAGACUGUGCUACCAUUACGGGAUAUACCGAUCGGAAUUGCUAUCAUCACAUUUGCACAGAGCCUCAGCGGCGCAAUGUUUAUUUCGAUUGCCCAAACUGUUUUUGAGAACCGCCUUGUCGUCAGCAUAACGGCCAAUGCUCCCAGCGUCAGCCCAGAGGCUUUAAUAAAAGCCGGGGCCGCAAAUCUAUCCCGACGAGUGCCCAAAGAUAUUCUUCCCUCCGUUCUAUACGCUUAUAACAUUGCCAUCAUCCAGACAUUCUACGUGUCUGUUGCUGGCGCAUUAUUAUCGUUUAUUGGUGCUGGACUUGUUCAAUGGAAGUCCAUGAAAAGACGACAGAAAUAUGACGGCGCUGGUUGA